AGCUCAGUGCGAGGAAUAAGCAUGAAACGAGGAUCGGCAACCAAGCAUAUUUUGGCCUUAUCGCUGACUGCAGCGAUCAUCUGCACUAGUGCAGCUGAGCUAAUUCCCGAGGGAUUCUCCUGCACGCCAGACAUGCCCCGACGCUCGGGCGUCUACAGCACCCCGCCCAAUAUCAAUUCCGUCAAGGUCGACCUCAUCCACGUGUUUUGCGGGCAAGUCAGUGACGAAUACGGAGUUGGAGGGUUCCACGCACGACCGGGAGACAAGGACCCCGAGUCAGUAGUGACGUCGGACGACAUUCUCUCUCGGAAACCGGCUAACGAGUAUGAUUACUCGGUGUACAAGAAACCGAGCAUUUACGACAGCCGCGAAGGGGCGUACGUCAUCAAGCCUGCAAGCAGCAGUGUGUGGCCCACUGUUCUCACCAUGGAAGGGAUUACGCAAAUCACAACAUAUCUAGUUGAUAAGUGUCGGCCGCCACCUGAUCACCAUCUCUGUGUCUCGGAUUUCUCCGUGCUUCCUGGAGACCCUAUUUCUCCGGUGUUCGAUGUGAGGAUCAUCAUCAUACCAGUCAACGGCGUGGGGAGAGUCGCUCUGACAGCGUACCCUUUGAAGAGGGGCAGCUGCAGCCGCGCCAAGGAAAACUUUUCACGCUGCACUUUCCCGGGACUGUCGUUCUAAUACGAAAAUCUGAACUGUAGUAGCUAGCUAGAUAGUAGAAGAUGAACAAGUUUGUAACGGA